CCGCAGCCCCGCGCGCAGCGUGCGGUCAAGAUGGCGCUGCUGCGGCAGGCCUACAGCUCGCUCUUCCGCCGCACCUCCACCUUCGCCCUCACCAUCAUCCUCGGCGCCGUCGUCUUCGAGCGCGCCUUCGACCAAGGCGCCGACGCUAUCUUCGAGCACCUCAACGAGGGGAAACUGUGGAAACACAUCAAGCACAAGUAUGAGGAGAAGUGAAGAUGGAAAUGCUCAGCAGCAGGAUCCAGCCUGGGGUGGCAGAAAGAGCCUGCAGAGAAGGAUGUGGCCUCCUGAAGCUGGCUGUAUCAAACCAGAAAUGGAUUCCUGCUUGAACAGCUCUGAGGCAGAUUGCAUCAGCCACCUCCUGCUGGGAUGGAGCCCGAGAGGGGCUCAGGGAGUUCUGCUGCUGCUCUUCUCAAACUUACCCUGUUAAAAUAAAGCAUUCUUGGUCUGUCU